AUGGGCCCGCCCUGGCUAGCCACAGCGCAGGGAUCAGCACGUGUAAGAGUGGCGUACCCUGCCGUAGCUGAGCCGGAUGUUGUUUGUGAAGUUUUAGCCCGAUGUCGCAGGUUCUUCAGCGAGUUGCGUGAUGCGAAGUCGGAGCCCAGGGCCAUCAGCUACAGCGCUGGGAUCAGCGCGUGCGACAAGGGCGAGCAGUGGCAGCGUGUGCGGGCGCUGCUGAGCGAGAUGCGGGAGGUGGAGCUGGAGCCCACUGUGUCAGCUACAGUGCUGGGAUCAACGCGUGCGAGAAGGGCGAGCGAUGGCAGCGGGCACUGGCGUUGCUGA